UAGAUUUUCCAGUUAUAUUAAUUGAAAUACAGGAUGCGCGUCUUGGUUUUUUGUAGUUUCUUCGCAUUUCGUCUUGGCCUUCGUCUGACGUCUUUAACACAGAUUACUUUCUAAUGAACAGUGGGAACGGAACGUAAAUUCUAAACAUUCGACAACUUAAGAUUUCUACAACGUUAAACGAAACGCAAUUGUUUACAAGUGAAGUGUUUGAAAAAGUCCUAUAAGUUCGAUUUCAAAUAAAAUUAUUAGUAAAAGCAUAGAAGAAAGUGAUUUCAAAGCAAUGGACUCAUGCCAUGAAAGAUCUUCAGAAGAUGUAAGGAAAGUAAUUAAAACAGCAAAACUACAUGAAUCUGAGUUGACUGAAGUUACGCAAAUAUUAAGGUUUCCAGAUCCAAGUCAGCAAAAUGAUAACUUAAGACUAAUGCUUUUAGAUGAUAAUUUAUUGAAAGAAAUCGAAGCAGGGAAUCAACUGAUAUUUAAAGGUGACCCAGACGAAAAUGCAGUACUAUGUACAAGUAGCAAAACCUACGAUAUAAAAGAAGCGGAGACCUCAAACAGUCUUUUAUUAGUUCCCGAAUUAUUAUUUGCUGCUUCCACUGGCCUUGAUGAGACAAUCGCGAAUAACUCCAUAGAAGGCGACUCGGAUUCGUCUUUCGAUAAAUCCAAUGCAAGUUUAAAUAAAUCCGCGGAUUCUGAUGAUAGGAAGCCGCCUAGAGAGAUCGUCCAUAAAGAUAUAAGAAGCACAUUUUUCACAUACUACGAGUUGAAGCCUUGUAAACCACGCUUAUCUAAAUUAAUGAAACUUCUCGAAGCCAGCAGGUAUCGUGGACCAGAAUUAGAAUAUGCUGUAGACAAAUCUAAACUCUAUAAUUACGAAGACUUAUCAGACCAAAUCCAAGCAUCUAAAGCUGAAUUAGAUGAGGAAUUGACUAAUAUACAAGCUAUAAAGAUAGACAAUUACUACAGACUGUUGGAAUUCGAUUACGAGUUUAGAGUUUUGUCACACUUGCUUGAUCUGAUCGAAGAAAACUCGUGGCCUUUAGACAAAAUAUCCAAAGAAGCGACGCUGGAGAGUUUAAAGGACCUCGUUCCUAAUAGUAUUUUAGAAGCAAUGUUUGAGUUUUAUACCAACGCAUCGGUGGUAGAAGGUGACACACAGUAUUAUGAAUAUAAACAGGAUAAGGUGUGUCAGUUUUUGGCGCGAGUAUUGCUCAAAAGUGCUGGGAAAUUUAAUUUAACGGAAUUUCUGCAAGCGUGGCGGGAUUCUGUACCUGAAGGAAUGACUACGGACGAAUCUCUGUUAUCUGGCAUAGCUCUAAUAGAUAAAACUACUACGCCUCAAGUAGUGUGGGGUUUCGCGGAGAGCGACUUGCCUGAAGAUAUAAAUCAGCGAUUCAAGGUUCUAUUUCAAACGAAAGCGAAGUGGACGGUUAAUGAAAUUUCACCUUACAUACAAUUAUAUGCGACAGAAAAAUUAAAUGUAAACGCAUUGCUAACAAAAUAUGCACGCGCGUCAACUCAAGAUGGUGUCCGAGUGUUUUCAGCCAAACACAUGAAAUGAUUUGGAAGUUUUUAACAGUUUUAGUAUAAAAUACACUUACUAAUAUGUCUAAGAAUUUGUUUUA